AGAGUGUUCCUCAUCUUUUUCUAAAUGAUUUCACAAUCUUAAACAUCUUGAAAGAAAAAAAUUCACUUUUGAUUCGUUCGGAGCUUUCUUUAUUCAGAUUAGCUAGGAGCGGCUGAUAAGCCUAACGGUUCUAAAACUAUUUUGCAAAAACAGUUUAUUCGAGUUUAAAAAGGAAUCAUUUUAUUUGUAUGUGUGUGUAGAUCUUUUAGUAACUCUGUUUUAUGAAAAACAGAGAAUGUUUUCUAUUCCAAUAGUAUGAUUUCCUUUUCAAGUUUUUUUAUACAAACGAAAACAUUGUGUUUGAAACAAUGAUAUUUAUUUUGAAUGGGCUCUGCAGGAGAAUUCUAUACACUCGGGAUCAGUAUCAUUUGGAAGAUUCGAGAAGGAAUCUUUAUCAUGGGAGAGGAGAUCAUCCUUCUCUCGCAAUAUAUAUCUUGAAGAGGCAGAGAGAUUCUCUAAACCAGGCUCUGUUACUCAGAUGAGAGCUCAUUUUGAGGCGCAUUUUAAGAAGAAAGGGAUCCGUUUUCCGAGUUCUGUUGAAUCUCAAACAUGGGGAGAAGUUGUUCAUCAUCAAACUUGUACUGAGAAAGAUGAAAAUUUGUGGGAGAACACAAGUCAAUUCGGUGAUUCUUGUGUGAGUUUUGACGAGACGAUUCUUGUGAAUUCUGAUGAUGAUGUUCAUACUUCUAUUUCUGUUGCUUUGGAGAGAACUGAUAUUGGUCGCAUUGAAGAUGAAAAAGAAACAAAAUCUUCUUCCUCCGCAACUAGAUCGAAGCCUUUGAAAAAUGUUCAAAAAGCUCGUCCUUAUUCUGCGACGAAUAAAGAUUCUACCAAGAAGCAUGUUGUCAUACCAAAGGGAUAUUCUCCAAGUUCUAAUGCUAAAACAAGUGUUGACACUAAGAGACAAAAGGAAUUGAAGCCUAAGAGGAUUGUUGAAACCGUUGCAUGUCAAGCUCCAGCUACAUCAAAGAAAACUGAGAUCCUAACUCCUUUGUUGGCUACAAGAGAAAAGAAAACAAGUACUAAUGGUUUUAGUUUACGAAGUAACGAACGGGCCGAGAAGAAGAAAGAGGAGAAGGUGGAAGCUGUGGUACGUAAAGCUCUUAACUUAAAAGCAAGACCAUUGCCUAAAAGCACACAAGCUAGACCUCAACACACGUCAACAGGUCAGGCAAAGGCAAAGGCAAAGGCAAGAGAUGAUCACUCAUCUACAGCUAGUUGUGAUCGGUCAUUGACAAAUAGAAUGGCCAAAAGUAAGGUCAUUAUUAACAAACAGAAGGCGGAUAUGCAGAGAAGUCUAAAUGGAAUUCGGCCAAAGACAAGCGACCAGACCGCGAGAAACAGCACGAACAUAAGGAGUUUAGCGGUUAGGCGCUCUGCGGUUCAGGUUGCUUUGUGAGCAAUUUCACUGUCUCUGCUUUUGUUCUUUAGUACUAUUGGCCUCAAAUGUGUCUUUGUGUUUGUGUUUCUAGGCUGUAAUGAGUAGAAUGUUACAUCAUAGAAACGCAAAAUACAAAUAAACAAUCAGAACCUAUGUAACCUUAUGUUAGAAUCACCAUUGCACCAUUAAAUCUUUAAAAGCUUAUAACUAAUUUACUACCCGGUCAUUGACUCAU